CCAAUUUAAUUUAUCUAAAAUCAAAAUCUCUUGAAUAAUAAAUUAAAACCAAAGUCAUAGGUUAAGCUUGAACAAUUUACCAAGUCAACAUGUAUGUCAUUGUAUCUACAAGGGCUAAUGAAGUAGAAGUUUGGUCAAUGGCUAAGAAGAUGCUGAAUAGUUGAUGGAUGAUUUCCUAGAAAAUGCUGAGAAGCUGUUAGAUGCUUUCCCUCCGGGAAGAAAACUUGGUCUUGUCAUCCCCACCUUUUAACACUCAAUUUCUCUAUUUAUUCCCAGUUUCUGGAAGAGUUGUGAAGCAUCGGCUCUCAUCCUUGCAGAAACUCCUCUGAAAAUUCAUCAGGGACAGGGAGCAAAAGCUAAGAAAAUGGAAUCAUCCCUUUUCAAGGCGAUUGCAACCAAUGACAUGUUCACUUUCUUCCAACUAGUUCAAGACAAAGAUCAUCUCAGUGCCAGGACGGCCAGAUCUAGGAACACGGUAUUACACCUGGCUUCGAGGUUCGGACACCAUGAAAUGGUCUCCAAAAUUAUAAAGUUGGAUCCUAGAACGACUGAAGAUUGUAAUAAGAAGGGGGAGACCCCAUUGCAUGAGGCCUGUCGGCAUGGGCAUGCCAAUGUUGUAAUGAUGCUAUUAGAGACCAAUCCCUGGGUUGGUUGCGUGCUUAACCAUGAAGACCAGAGUGCAAUGUUCUUGGCUUGCAGCAACGGGCACCUGGAGGUGGUGAAGCUCAUUUUGAACCAGCCUUGGUUAAUGGAAUUUGAGGAAGAUGGGUCUGAUCUGACUUGUCUUCAUGUCGCUGUAUCAAGAGGGCACACAGAUGUGGUUAGGAAGAUAUUAGAGGUAUGCCCCGACUUUGCUCCAAAGACUGACAAAAAGGGAUUUUCAGCAUUGCACUAUGCUUGUUGUGGGGACAAUUUGGAGAUAGUAAAAAUGCUUCUUCGGCUUGACCCAGGUCUUGCUAUGAAAUUUGAUAACAGCCGUUGUACUCCAUUGCACUUGGCAGCCAUGAAAGGGAAAGGUGCAGUCUUGGAGGAAUUCCUGGCCAUAGUUCCCACUUCUUUUCAGUUUCUCACAUCUGAGGGAGAGACAGUAUUUCAUCUCAUCGUAAGAUUCAACCAAUACAGUGCCUUUGUAUGCUUGGCACAGGUUUUUGGUGAUACACUUCUCUUCCAGCGACCAGACAGAAAUGGUAACACCAUCUUACAUCUUGCAGUUUCUGCAUGGCGCCAUCGGUUAGCAGAUUACAUCAUCAAUAAAACAGGGGUGGAGAUCAAUUUCAGGAACUCUAGAGGCCAAACAGUGCUUGACAUCCUCAAUCAGGCUGGAAGCACUUCCAAAAACAUGCAUCUUGAAGACAUGAUAAAGAAAGCUGGUGGUAAAAGGAGCAUUGAAUUGUCGUCCCUUAUGCCAUUGAUUGAGGGAACAAGUCCCCAGCCUCUGGCACAUGAUGAAAGACCCGAAGAUGUACAUGGUGAAGAACUCAAAAUUCCUCUGGACUUUGGGACACACUCUGAAAGCCGGUUCGAAUUGCCCACAGAAGACAAACUAGGCAAUCACACAACAGAGCACCUGCCUGCAUUAGACAUUGAAAAGAAUUUUGGGGUUGAUUUACUCAACCAUCAAGUUGAAGAGAAAUCUGAAAUUCAGGAUGAUAAUCAGUCUGAACCAAGGACGAUUGGAUCUUGGGCAUACAUUUAUCCCCAACACUUGACAAAUAGAACCAAGAGUUCCUCAAGCAGUUUGCGAAGACACAAGCAUCUCAGUCAAAGACACAGGAGAGACCUACUUGAGCUUCACCAAAUUCGUCAGAAUAGGCAAAAUGAAAUAUACAAAGAAGCCCUUCAAAAUGCCAGGAACACAAUUAUACUAGUCGCAAUUUUGAUCGCCACGGUUACUUUCACAGCAGGCAUAAGCCCUCCUGGUGGUGUCUACCAAGAUGGACCACUGAAAGGCAAAUCCACAGUAGGCAGAACAAUAGCUUUCAAGAUCUUCAUGAUAAGCAACAACAUCGCAUUGUUUUCAUCUCUCUGCAUCGUCAUAGUCCUAGUCAGCAUCAUCCCCUUCCAGAGAAAAUCACUGGUAAGGCUACUGGUGGUUGCUCACAAGGUCAUGUGGGUGGCAGUAUCGUUCAUGGCUACAGCUUAUGUUGCAGCAACAUGGGUGAUUAUACCACAUGACAGGGGAACCAAAUGGACACUUGAGCUUCUACUUUCUUUGUCUAUUGGAACAGUAGGAAGUGUUUUUGUUUAUCUAGGUGUGAAGUUGGUAAGACACCGACUAACGAAGUUGAAGACGAGGAGAGAAAAACAUACGAAGUCGAAAGGGAUGAAACAAAUAGAAGAGGCAGUGCCUGCUGCUGACAAACGUAACAAUAUCACACAAUCCAGCUACUCUGAUGUUGAUAGUGCUCUGUUUCUAGGACAAGGAUUUCAUGUAUACUAAACAUUUGCACCGAUAAAAUCGUUUUCUCUACAAGUUUUAUUAGUACUGAAUUUGUUGACAGAGUACAA